GAGACCGCCGCCCGGAGCACACACCCCACGAGGAACGCAGCACCGAGCCGAGUCCGGUACCCGGUACCACCAGGAACCCGGCGACGACACCGACGACACCGAGGCCAUGCGGGAGUACGUGCUGCUCUUCGCCGCGCUGGCCCUGGGGGCCGGGGCUGAGUCCCUGCAGGACCACGAGGACGGCCCGACGGAGCAGCACAGCCGAGUGCAGCGAGAGGUGCAGGGCCUGUUCCCCUUCCCGCGGGUGGGCAGGGCCACGUGGGCUUCCAGGGACUCAGGUCUGGGAGAGAAGCGCCAGGGCCUGAUUCCCUUCCCGCGCGUGGGCCGCAGCGAGAACGCCGACCCCCGCGGCAUGCCCGGCCUGCCCGUGCCGCUGGGGGCGCCCGCCGCCUGGCUCGUCGCGCCCGAGUUCUACCCCGGCAAGCGAGUGGCGUCGUGGGUGCCGUCGUCCUCACCACGGCUCGGCCGGCAGAGUAAACGGUUCGACUCGGACAGCGCGGCCUGGACGCUGGUCAACCUGCGGGCAGAGUACCCGGCAAUGAACAGGCCGCAGCGGGGCCGCGAGUCGGCGUCCUUCACGCCGCGCCUGGGCCGCGAGCUGGAGGUGGACGACGAGGCCGUGCCCCACGACGCCAACCUCAGCCCCGAGGACGUGGCGGCCGGAGUGCGCCUGUAGGUGCGAGGAGUCCGAGGCUGCCGCCGCACGACCCGUCGGCUGCUCGCCCUUGGGCCCUGGGCCCUUUACCGCGUACUGUGCCGCCACCAGGUCGCGGGCUGGAGCCCACCAGACGGCCGCCAUUCAGCAGCGUGGGGGAGGCACUCCACCCCGACCUCCUGGACUUGCUGGAGUCCCGGCGGACGGGGUGCUUCGCAGAGCUCCGCGUGCGGGGCGGCUCCGCACCCCGUGACUGCGUAUUGCGUCUCGGGGCGCGGCGCUCUAACGAUCCGCCGCCUUGCCCCCCGAAAGCUUCUUUCCCUCCCUCACAGCUUCCGUUCUGUAGACGUCAAACUGCUGUAGUCUCGUUCCUUUUACCUUUACGUCUCCCGUUUGCUGCGACUGUCGUGUCGUGUCGGCUGGGAAUGACAUGCACAGCUACCGCGUAAAUAGGCAGCGAGGCGCUGAGUCAUUUGUAAAGAGUUUGAAACUUCAAAUAAAAUAAACCAUUUUCA